AUAAUGUAUCAGCUAUAAGACGCAGCGUCCUCGGACGCAGCCCAGCCCAGCGGCAUGUCUCGACAGCGCUGUGUGUGGCGUGUUACCAGGCUCCCGCGGUAGAACGUUUACUAAGCCACAAUGUUGUUCUCAUCUUUGCCGGCUGUUCUGCUGGCUUCCCUAGCCACUAUCGUUCGAGCUCAGUAUCCGGAUCCGGGUGCGUGUUCCGGCGAUUGCUUCACUCACGAUCCUGCUGUCGUGAAGCGCGCCGAUGGUAAAUACUUCCGUUUCUCGACUCUCGACCUCAUCGGUAUAUGGACGGCAACCAGUCUAUCGGGUCCUUGGACUCGAAGCGGUAGCGUGAUCCAAGGCGCUAGUGUGAUCAACAUGCCAGGUAACGAUGUGCUCUGGGCCCCUGACGUAACCUACAUCCGCGGCAUCUACUAUUGCUUCUACUCCGUAUCGACAUCCGGCAGCCAAACGUCAGCGAUCGGAUAUGCGACAUCCACAACCCUCGAGUCCGGGUCCUGGAGCGACCAGGGCAUCGUAGUGACGUCGACGGGCAGCAGUCCGUAUAACGCAAUCGACUCCAACGUCGUCAACGGCACCGGCGACAACGAGUGGUACCUGCAGUGGGGUUCGUACUGGCAUAACAUCUACCAAGCGCGCGUCUCCAUCAACGGGCAAUACGUCUUCCGCUCUGGCAACGAGCACCAGCUCGCGUACGAGCCGGCUGAUAACCAUAAGAUGGAGGGCGCUUUCAUUUACAAGAAAGACGGUUUUUGGUACUUGUUCCUAAGUCGUGGUAUCUGCUGCACGUAUAACCCGAGCACGGAUCCCAUCGACCAGGUCUACCAUAUCAGUGUCUGUCGAAGUAAUAACCCCGCCGGUCCGUACACUGAUAAGUCCGGCGCUGCUUGCACUAGCGGUGGUGGUACUACGGUGCUGGCUAGCCAUGGGAAUAUAUAUGCGCCUGGUGGACAGGGUGUCUUUUAUGAUAAUGCGCAUGGCGACGUCUUAUACUACCAUUACUUGGAUAAGUCUGUUGGUGUAGAUUACUCCCAGUCCAAAUUUGGAUGGAAUGUAUUGACUUGGACCGAUGGAUGGCCUACGGUGUCUUAGAUAUAUCCAUAGCCAUAUGACAGUAUAACUCGAAAUAUUUGAACAUUGAAAUAAAGUUAUGUUAAUGAGUCAUGAGACCGAGGUUGAUUGCUCGGUUAUCCGGUUUAAUACCCUUCCAAUAGGAGGUUCUACCAUGUAAGGCAGACCUCAUGGUAGGGUACCGGUACUUGUAAUGCAUUACG